AAUGUACACACACCCCCAGCACCACAAGUGAAGCGAGUGAGAAAAACAGUGAAGCGCAGAACGUGAUUUAUUUAAAAUUUGAUGUGUGUCUGCUUAUCAGCCUGAAGGUGAUCGCAGUCAAACAUUAUCUCGCUGGAGUGUUUCUAUUCCCGUCGUUGUCCAUAUUCGGUCAUCCCAGUUCACCCGGCAUUGCCUAUAAGAGCAACACCCGUCCCCCCCGCCAGCUUGCCAAUUGCCGACAUGGCCCCCAAGAAAGUGGAAGCCAAGAAGCCAGCAGAGGCCAAGAAGCCAGCAGAGGCCAAGAAAGAGGAGAGUGCCACGACGCCACCCAAAGCUCCAGAAGCCGAAGCCAAAGUCUGCGAGGUAGACCUGAAGAGUGUGGUGGUGGAGUUCAGCGCAGAGCAGAUGGACGAGUUCCGCGACGCCUUCACACUGUUUGACGAGACGCCGGCGGGCGAGAUGAAGAUCACGUACGCGCAGUGCGGCGAUGUGAUGCGAGCGCUGGGCCACAACCCCACCAACGACGACGUCCUGAAACUGCUGGGCCGGCCCAAAGCUGAGGAGAUGCACGCCAAACUGCUGGACUUCGACACCUUCCUGCCGAUGCUGCAGCACGUGGCCCGGGCCAAGGACCACGGACACUUCGAGGACUUCGUGGAGGGCCUCAGGGUGUUUGACAAGGAGGGGAACGGCACCGUCAUGGGGGCCGAACUGCGCCAUGUGCUGUCCACCCUGGGGGAGAAGAUGACAGAGGACGAGGUGGACCGGCUUAUGGCCGGACAGGAGGACCCCAACGGCCACGUCAAUUACACCGACUUCGUCAAACACAUCAUGGCUGGAUGA